AUGUGCAAAGUGUCUGGCCAAGGAAGUGGAAGAAGAGGGUGUCGGGAUUUCAGAGGUCCAGCCAAGGUUGGAGACAACAUCUUUGUUACGGUCUCAGUCUACGUAACUGGGAGAUGUUGCUCGGUUCUUGGUGGCUCAGAAAGGCGGUACAGCUGUUGUGAAGGUGUCCUUGGAUCCCCCGGGUGUCAGGUCACCAAGCUUCACGUCCAUGACCAAAAAGAAAACCUAGAAGGCUUUGUGAAGACUUUUGUCAAGUUCCCACCCCACAGCGGGAAUCACGGCGUAUACGCUGUGCAUUGUGAGAUGUGCUAUACAGCCGAAGGUUUGGAACUUACUCAAGUGACAGUGGUUGAUCCCAGCCUCCAGGUGGUCUAUCAUACCUUUGUGAAACCAGAUGAAGAAGUCAUUGACCCUAACACUAGGAUUUCUGGUGUGGUUGAAGAUGACUUGAAGGACACGAAAACCUCAAUCCGUGAUGUGCAAGCCACCUUGUUGAACCUGUUUAGUGCUGACGCUGUACUAAUUGGACAUAGCUUUGAACGUAAUCUCUAUGCACUUAAGUUAAUUCAUACUUUAGUUGUGGACACGACGGUUAUGUUUCCUCAUCGGCUAGGCUUGCCUCACAAAAGAUCCCUUAAAAGUAUGGUGGCCGACUACCUGUGGAGAAUCAUUCAGGAUGAUGGUCACAAUUCAAGCGAAAAUGCAACCGCCUGCAUGGAACUGGUACUCUGGAAGGUAAAAGAUGACCUGAAAGGAAAGAAGUAACCACUUUGUUCAAGAAUAUCUUAAACCUCUGCAUUGCUUCCGUGACUCCUUGGCCGCCACUGCUGGCAGUAGAGUUUGGUCUAUAAUAACAUGAGGUUUGUCCACACUUUCAAAGAGAAGAGGAGAAGGAAAAGCACUGUUAAGGUCUAUUUAUUACAUUUUAAAGGUUAAAUUUCCACAGUGAUUUCUAAAGUUGUGACUGGGGAAGAGCGGGGGAAGGAAUUAGGUAUUUUGGAAUUUGACUCAUCUUUGUAGGCAGUGUACAAAUAACAGUGGAAGAUGGUUUGAAGUUGAAGUAAUGGGUCCAGGACUUUCACAAAGGUCGUUUCUCAGGUUACUUAAAUUCCUUUUUCUCUCUAAAUACUUAGAACCAUUAUACUGCUUGGAGAUAGAAACAU